AUGUUCGGCUUCUUGUUCGGCCAACCCAAACCGCCGCAGCGCGUGUUGACGGAUCAUGUCGUCCCCGUCGGCUUCUUUGACGACACCAUCAUUUUCAGAACGUUUGUUUUGUACACACUCUUCGUGUUCGACGAUGUCCUCGAUGCCCAGAAACUCCAUAACUCUUUGACUCGCGUAGUCAGCCGCCCUGGCUGGAACAAGCUGGGGGCUAGGUUGAGAAGAAAUGAUAAGGGACAACUGGAGCACCACAUUCCAGCGACCUUCUCCCAGGACCGCCCGGCGAUCGGCUUCGACCACGUGGACCUCAGUAACUGGGCCGUAGAGGACCAUCCCGCUGCCUCCCACAUCCCCCGCCCGCCGCGCGAUGGCCGGCCCGCAAUUGUAGGAGACCCUGACGACCUUUCGGAGCUUGUUCAUGGUCCCGAGAUCCCGAAACGUCUGGACGACUAUAUUUACACAGAUCGGCCUCAGCUCGGGCUCCGUGUUGUCUCAUUCAAGAAUGCAACUGUCGUCGUUUUGCACUGGAUACAUCUUGCGUGUGAUGCUACCGCGAAAAGAUCGGUGCUUGAUGCCUGGACAUUGAUGCUUCAGGGGAGGGAGGACGAGAUUCCCGAGCCGCUGGCUGCCGACAAUUAUAUUCUUGAGAAUGUUGGCAAAAAUCCCGCGGAGCCACAUGUGCUUGCCGAUCGCCGCGUCACAACACCGGGUCUCGUUUCGUGGGCGUUCCAGAACGCGUAUGGUUUGGUGAUCCGUCCAAAGGAGCACCGCAUGGUCUGCGUGCCGGCUGCGUACCUCGCAAAGCUGAGAGAAAAGGCUCUGGCAGAACUUGCAUCUCAAGCCGCCGACGCAGGACAGAAGACCGGGCCGUUCUUAAGCGAGGGGGAUGUUCUCGUGGCGUGGACAACACGCCUCGCAAUGGCAAAUCUCCCAAAGGACUCCGAUAGAACAGUUGCAGUCCAACAAGCAUAUCAAUGGCGCCCCGUCUUGACUGAUCUCAUACCCCCCAACACACCCUUCCUCAGCAACUGUGUUGGUUUUCUUGUGACCCUAAUGCCGGCAAAGGAUCUUCUCCAGAAGCCCCUCAGCUACCUAGCCUCGCACAUCCGCCGCUCGAUUGAGGAGCAGGGCUCGCGCGAACAGAUCGAAGCCUACACCUCCAUUAUCCGCAUGGAUUCCAAAAAUAAGGCCCCGCCAUUCUUUGGGGAGAGCUCGAUGCAGUUACUGAUGUUCUCGAACUGGCAGAAGGCAAACAUGUACGGAACUGAUCUCUCAGCGGCAGCUGCCAAGCCGCGGGAUACCCCGUUGUUGCCUUCGUAUGUCCAGAGCAUGCAGGGCCCGUACAACUUCUCCGAUGGCAUUAUCAUCGUGGGAAAGGAUACAGAGGGAAACUAUUGGCUCUCUGGGUAUAGAGUGAAGGGACUUUGGGAGAUGAUGGAGAGGGAAAUGGGGAAGGAGGAGAUCUAA